AGUACAGAAUUAAACUAGCUUGGUUGUAGUAUACUAGUACUAUAUAUGUCCGUCCGGCCGUCAGUCUCCUGCAGAUGCAUAAUAAUAUCCUACCCCUGAAUCUGAUCGAUCGAUGUCUCCGUUAGCUGUGUGUGUGGUGUGGGGAGUGAAGAGGCCUUCUUCUUCGAAGUGGAUCAGGAGUACAUAUAUAUAGUACUUUCUACUGUUAAGCAAGGCAACAGGCAGAUCGAGCGAGGUAGCCCUGCCCAUAACUACCAGCUAGCAUUAAUUAAAACCGCCAGCCCAGUAUCGAUCGAUCGAUCUGCGAGCUUCUUCUUCCUAGCUCCAUCCAUCUCCACUCCAUUAAUUAAUUCUUCUCUCUUCUCUUCUUCACUAGAGAGAGAGAGAGAGAGAAGCAAUAAUAUAUGGCCAUCGGAGCAUUCGUGGAAGGCGGAGGCGCCGGCUACAGCGGCCGCGUGACGCCCUUCGUGGUGCUCUCCUGCAUCGUCGCCGGCAGCGGCGGCAUCCUCUUCGGCUACGACCUCGGCGUAUCAGGUGGGGUUACGUCGAUGGAGCCGUUCCUGAAGAAGUUCUUCCCGGAUGUGUACCAUCAGAUGAAGGGGGACAAAAACGUGAGCAACUACUGCCGCUUCGACAGCGAGCUCCUCACCGUCUUCACAUCCUCUCUCUACAUCGCCGGCCUUGUCGCCACCCUCUGCGCCUCCUCCGUCACCCGCCGCUUCGGCCGCCGCGCCUCCAUUCUCAUCGGCGGUUCCGUCUUCGUCGCCGGCUCCGUCUUCGGCGGCGCCGCUGUCAACAUUUACAUGUUGCUCCUCAACAGGAUCCUGCUUGGCAUUGGACUCGGUUUCACCAACCAGUCGAUCCCGCUGUAUCUGUCGGAGAUGGCGCCUCCGCAGCACCGUGGCGCCAUCAACAACGGGUUCGAGCUGUGCAUCAGCAUCGGCAUCCUCAUCGCCAACCUCAUCAACUACGGCGUCGACAAGAUCGAGGGCGGGUGGGGGUGGAGGAUCUCCCUGUCGCUGGCCGCCGUCCCAGCCGCCUUCCUCACCGUGGGCGCCGUCUUCCUGCCGGAGACGCCGAGCUUCGUCAUCCAGCGCGGCGGCGACGUGGACGAGGCUCGGGCGCUGCUGCGGCGGCUGCGUGGCACGGACGGGGUGCAGAAGGAGCUGGACGACCUGGUGGCGGCGAGCGAGGUGUCCAAGACGAUCCGGCACCCGCUGCGGAACAUGCUGCGUCGGAGGUACAGGCCGCAGCUGGUGAUCGCGGUGUUGGUGCCAUUCUUCAACCAGGUGACGGGGAUCAACGUCAUAAACUUCUACGCGCCGGUGAUGUUCCGGACGAUCGGGCUAAGGGAGAGCGCGUCGCUGAUGUCGGCGGUGGUGACGCGCGUGUGCGCGACGGUGGCGAACGUGGUGGCGAUGGCGGUGGUGGACAGGUUCGGGAGGAGGAAGCUGCUGCUGGUGGGAGGGGUGCAGAUGGUGGUGUCGCAGGUGAUGGUGGGGGCGAUCCUGGCGAGCAAGUUCAAGGAGCAUGGCGGGAUGGAGAAGGAGUACGCCUACCUGGUGCUCACCGUCAUGUGCGUCUUCGUCGCCGGCUUCGCCUGGUCCUGGGGCCCCCUCACCUACCUUGUCCCCGCCGAGAUCUGCCCCCUCGAGGUCCGCUCCGCCGGCCAGAGCAUCGUCAUCGCCGUCAUCUUCCUCCUCACCUUCGUCAUCGGCCAGACCUUCCUCGCCAUGCUCUGCCACCUCAAGUUCGCCACCUUCUUCCUCUUCGGCGGCUGGGUCUGCACCAUGACGCUCUUCGUCUUCUUCUUCCUUCCGGAGACCAAGCAGCUGCCCAUGGAGCAGAUGGACCAGCUCUGGAGGACGCACUGGUUCUGGAAGAGGAUCGUCGGCCCCCUUCAAUCUCAACCUCAACCUGCACCUGCACCUGCUGCUGCUUCUUCUUCCCUUGAGCUACAGCAGCAGCAUCAACAGGCAUCAUCGCAUCGAUCACAAUAAUUAAUUCCACACUGACACAAAUCAACGGUCAACCAUGCACAGACGCCUAUAAUAAGAUCAGUCAAGCUCAAUUGCAGCUUAAUUAAUUAACUGAUCACAAUGUGCAACCAUCAGGCCAUUUUCGUAAUAGUAAUACUCCUACUGUGUGUGUAUAUGCACAUUUUAUAUGGUCUCUCAAAUAUCUGAGCAGAAGCAACAUGCAAAAUUAUUAAGUAGUACUAUAAUCCGCUGUACCUACUUUCAUUUUUUUUUCUUUUGAAAAAAAAGGGAGAGGAAUCUGAUUUUUAUGUGAAGGGAAAGUAGGGUGACUCAGUGAAGAGGCCUUCGAAACAAGGACUCAGAGAAAGAGAAAAUGUGAAUGGGCCUAAAGGAAAAAGGCCUCAGCCCAUAAAGGAAAAAGGCCGCUGCCGUGCUGUGCGUCAAAAAAAAAAAAAAAAAAAA